AUGUGUUUCUUUAUCCCAUUACAAUUCGGUUGUCCAACCAAAAUCUCACAAGUAGAGGACCAAAAGAGUGAUAUCAGAAUUUGUCCUCAGUGUCAUAAUGGUUCAGUAUACACAUGUAAAACAAGAACAUGGUUUGAAUUUUGUUUUGUACCAUUGAUCCCAUUCAAAUCAAAACAAAUAUGGUUAUGUAGUAUAUGUAGAUGGCAAGCCAUCAAAGAUGAAAAUCCGGAUAAUGGACCUCCCAAAGUUCCGGGAAAUCCUACUAAUAAUAAUACUUAUCAAACUCAAGUUCCUAUGAAUUUAGGAUCUAAACCUACUACUUAA